AUCACAAGUUAUAACAUGACUGAAGGAGCAGAACAGUCUCCAAAAUUAGAAAACCGAAAUCAGAAAGGUCUUGCUUUAUAAAUCAGUGGCGUUUCACUUAUCUUGCAUAAAACCUUUACUUUAUUAUUGAAAAAACUUGGAUCCUUCAUUCUGGUAUCAGCUGUUAUUUCUGCGAGCAUGGAGAACUCCACCAACGAGAAGCAGUACAGAUGGGAAUACGAGUACUAUUAUGAUUAUCUGGACGCUGUCAUCGUGGACGAGAGUAAACUGAAAUACAAUAAAUACUCUAUAGUUAUAAUAUUCUGGAUCACCAUGGCUGCGUUUGUCGGGUUUCUCUUCCUAAUCCUCACUCUGAUGUCCUGCAACGGAAACUUUUUGAGGACUCGCAAUCAGCAAAAACGGAGGCGCAGUCCCCUGGUCUGAGGGGUACUGAAUCUGAAUCGAUGUCCACUUACUAUUUCAAAUGGAUCCACUGAGGAACACACAAAGAUCCCCUGAGGAUAAACCAACUUGAUCACUGCAACGUUUUAUGAAAAUAAUAAAUGAAUUGAGUUUA